AUUAGGAUUAAUGUAACUAUUAUGUCAUAAAAACUGUUCUCCGCUUACCAUGCAUUCGAACUGACAAUUUCUCGAGAUUAAUAACCAACGUUUCUCAUCUGAGCGAAUGUUUGGAAAAAUAUGGCAUGCCACGAUACUCGAGCACCUACGCAUCGCGGCUAUAAAAGCGAUCGUUUCGUUCGAGAGCGAUCGUUAAGUGCCGCGAUUGUCGAUCGAUCCUUUCGCGAAAAGUUGAUAGUGAGAUAAUAAGAAAUGAAGCUUGCCUUGCUCGCGCUGCUGUCCUUCCUCUUGGAAGCUCACUGCGUUCUCGUUUCUUCUGAGCCGAAAGGGAAUGAGACGGAGCUGGAGCAACGGCGUAGCGCUCGAGUUCACAGAGUCGCCAGCGACGACUUCUACGGGAAGGAAGAUGUCCAUGCGAAAAACAUAGUGGACGUAGAAUCGACCGAACAAACUUUUCGAUCAGGCAGUCAGAAAGAAGACGUGUCACUGGCAGAUACUGUUUUACCGAUAACGACUGAAAGCGAGACGAAAUUUUCCAAACACAUGGACAGUGUUAACCGCGUCCUGAACGAGUGGUCCCGAGAAGUAACCGUCGCGGCGAGAAACGAUGACCUCGCGUUUAACGGGAUGACGGAAAUGAUCGAGUCACCGGCGUUCAUUAAGUUACUGCCGAAAAACGUGCAUGGUUUACGGAAUCCGCUUAAUUCGCCUGAACUAAUGGAUAUUUCUUAUUCGGAUAACUCGAACGUCGUGAAGAAAACUGAGUCCGGACCCAAGUAUGGAGAAACGGACGAUUUCCAGCUGAGAACGAUAAGGACCGUUGGACUGUACUUCGAGAGGCUGCUCGCGGAGAUUCAGGAUCAUGCAACUUAUAUUCAGAACGUCAUCGAGAAACUUUGCAGAAGACAUCGUUCGAAAACACCGCGUCAAUCGGAAGUCGAUGGUCCGGUGAAAUUUUCGUAGACGAAUCACCGAAAAGGAGUUCCAAUAAUUUCAAAUCAAUUUUAAAAGCUACUAACAAGAUUCACUACUAACGAAACUGUUUUUGAAAUUACUACGAAAUUGAU